CCGGUCUAAACCGGGUUGAGGUGACCUGCAGUCCGUGGCAGUGUGGUGAAGAGCAUAGUAUCCCUAAAUAUAGCAGUAUUGUUCUUCAAUAAAUGACCGAGAAGUGGAAUACUAAACUGAAAUCCUCAAAAGGUUGACCUGCUAUCUUUCCAGAAAGGUGAGGAAACUGAGGCACAGGCAGUUUAAGUGACUUGCCCAAGGUCAUACAUCCUUUUUUCUUAUAAAGCUAAGAAAAACACAAGGCACAUGUCACUGAAUCAGCAAGAUCUAGAUCCAGAUAGUAGUACAGAUAUGAAAGAUGUUACAAAUCCUGAAGAAGAACUUAUUAAGGAAUGUGAAGAAAUGUGGAAAGACAUGGAAGAAUGUCAGAAAAAAUUAUCACUUGUUGGAACUGAGACACUCACUGAUUCAAAUGCUCAGCUGUCAUUAUUAAUUAUGCAGGUGAAAUGUUUGACUGCUGAACUUAGUCAAUGGCAGAAAGAAAAUCCUGAAAUAAUUCCUCUGAAUGAAGAAGUUCUAGUAACAUUAGGAAAAGAAGAGUUCCAAAAAUUGAGACAUGAUCUUGAAUUGGUACUCUCUACUAUUCAGUCAAAGAAUGAAAAGUUAAAGGAAGACUUGGAAAGGGAGCAACAGUGGUUGGAGGAACAACAACAGAUAUUGGAAUCUCUUGAUGUACUACACAGUGAAUUGAAAAAUCAGGUUGUGACAAUUUCUGAAUCAAGAAUCUUUGAUGAGCUGAACACUAAAAUGCGUGAUGUAAAAGAAUUUAAGGAAAAGCUCUUGAUUACUUUGGGUGAGUUUCUGGAAGAUCAUUUUCCUCUGCCUGAUAGAAAUGUGAAAAAGAAAAAGAAAAAGACAAACAUUCAAGAAUCAACUGCACAGCUGAUAACACUGCAUGAAAUGUUAGAGAUUCUUUUAAACAGAUUAUUUGAUGUUCCACAUGAUCCAUAUGUCAAAAUUAGUGAUUCUUUUUGGCCACCAUAUAUUGAGCUGCUCCUGCGUAAUGGAAUUGCCUUGAGACAUCCAGAUGACCCAACCAGAAUAAGAUUAGAAGCCUUCCAUCAGUAAAAGGUUAACUAUGAUGUUUAAGAUACUGUAUGUUCUUCCUAUGAACACUUCUUUAUUGCUGGGAGAUUCAUCAUCCAUGUAUUUUAAUGCUAAUACAUCUAUCUAUCAAUCUUUUAUAAUCUAUCUCCAUAUGAAACCUUGUUAUUUAAAACCGUCAAUGCCAAGCACUGAAUGUAUUUCUACAUUUCCAGUGGCAUUGAGCCAAAUACUACUGAUUAAGGUCAAGAUGAGGACUAUUGACUGCGGACAGAUGCUUUCCCCUUUCAACCCUCAGAAUAAAGAAUGGAAAUAACUGUAUUCUUGGA